AUGUCUGGUAGAGGCAAAGGUGGGAAAGGUCUCGGUAAAGGGGGUGCUAAACGGCACCGGAAAGUCCUCCAAGAUAAUAUCCAGAGAAUCAUUAAACUUGCCAUUCGCCACCUUGCUCAUUGUGGGGGCGUUAAGUGCAUCUCCGGCCUCAUUUACGAGGAAACUCGCAGGGAUCUCAAGGUUUUCUUGGAAAAUAUAAUCCGAGGCUCAGUCACCUACACGGAACACGCUAAACGCAAGACUGUUACCGCCAUGGAUGUGGUCUAUGCCUUGAAACGCCAAGGGCGAACUCUGGGUUUGGUGGUUGAACUGUUAACAAAAACAUUUUUUCACUGGUGGGUCUCAGCUGCAGCUCAUUAUUGCUGA